CUCGCCAGAACGGGAGGGCGGGGGCUCGCUCUUCUCUCGCGCGCGCUUGGGAAAAUGUUACGCAGGUUCUAAAAUGGAACGUUAGCGGCGGCGUGAUUGAGCUCUGGAGGGGGGGCCGGAGUAAGUAAGGGCGAGAACUGCAAAAACAAACAGCGGUAGCCGGCAAGCAGUUGGAUACUCCGCUCAAUCUGUGAGCAGCCGCUGCCUUCGCCGCCCCCUCCUUCCUCCCUGUAUGGAGCUUUCCGCAAUUGGGGAGCAGGUGUUUGCUGUGGAGAGCAUCAGGAAGAAGCGCGUAAGAAAGGGUAAAGUGGAAUAUCUGGUGAAAUGGAAAGGAUGGCCCCCCAAGUACAGCACAUGGGAGCCCGAGGAGCACAUUCUUGACCCUCGUCUGGUGAUGGCUUAUGAAGAGAAGGAAGAAAGAGAGCGUGCCUCAGGUUACAGAAAGAGAGGUCCGAAACCUAAGCGCCUGUUGCUGCAGAGACUAUAUAGCAUGGACCUGAGGAGUGCCCACAAAGGGAAAGAGAAACUCUGCUUUUCUCUGUCCCGGAGGUUUGGGGGAGGAGGAAACAACUUGGCAGGGGCCAAGGGAGGGCAGACAGAACUGUCUGAGAAGAGUGGGGGAGCGGUCUUGCCCUUUCCUCUUCGGAAACAGAGCAAGAACCAGAAGUACCUGCGCCUUUCACGGAAGAAGUUCACCCGCAUGUCGAGCCUGGAGAAUCGGAAUCGUCGUCGGGAGUUCUUUUUGAAGGAGCCCGUGGCCCUUGAGGACAGGCAGCCACCCAGUGACUGGGAUGAUGCAGUGCAACCUGCUAGCACAGAAGUGGGCCCAGAGACAGCGGAAGGCCCUUUUUCCUGGAGCCCUGCAUUGCCCCCAAAUGAAGUGACAGUUACAGACAUCACAGCAAACUCCAUUACGGUGACUUUCAGAGAAGCUCAGAUGGCAGAGGGCUUCUUCCGAGACCGGAGCAUCCAGUUCUGAAUCUGCUGUUCGUUAACUUUUCUUGUACUCUCCUUUUCUUUCCACAUUAAGGGAAUAUUUGCGUUUGGGUUAUUCCUGCAUUCCCAAUCAGGUUCCAUUACACUUUCAAUUAUAUUAUUUUUUUUAAAAAAAACAAUGCGAAAAAAAGUCCCUUUAAAAAUGUUUACAGCGCAUUUUUAUUUUUUUGACAGAUGGUCACGCUGACAUUCUUUUCUGUCCUGUAGAUCUUUCAAAUACACAAAACCAAGAUAAGGCAAUGUGAGGGUUACCUGUGCUUUCCCCCCCUCAUUUGUUACUAUAGAUAGAAAAAAAGUGUGUAAAUAUAUUACUUGUCGUUGCUUUGUCUGUCUGGGAAACUGAAGCUUUUUUCACUGGCAAAGAUAUUUAUUCACAGUGCAUUGUGGAAAAGUGUCAAUUUCUUAUAUCAGUUAUAGCAUAUACCUUCUGCACUUGAAGUUAAGGGCUCAGUGUCUGAAAUAGGAAAGAGGCCAAAUAUAAGUAUCCCCAAUCUCUUCCAGGUUCAGUUGACUUCUGUAGGUCAGACCGCUUCCCUGACCUGCUUCCCUCCAGGUGCAUAUACAAAAACAUUAGUCCCCUCUUUCUUUUGGGUGUCUGCCUUUCUGUUCUUGAUGCUUCCUCAUUUACUAGCACUGUUCAUGAUGGGGCUUGCUGUCCACAGCGCUUCCACCAAUGCUGUAACAUAGAGAAACAACUACAACUGGUACACUGGCUUUCUGGUCUGGGCUACCAAAGAAUUGUGCUGGUAUUUUCCUUGCUCGUGGUUGUAGAUGGAUGUAGAUUUAACCAUGGGAGUGGAUAUGCUUUAGCACAUAUGCAGUGUUGAUCCCUGAAAAGUUCCUGGAACACACGAACGUACUCCAAGAGGAAAAAAUAUGACUAGCUUGGUAGAUGAAAAAUUGAGGCCAAUAAUUAAGGUAUUUCAGUUAGCAGCCUUAUAUAUAUUUCUUCUUCCCUGUGCAGUUACAUACUCAACACACACCAAAAGGGAAUUGCCCAGUAAAUUUACCUUUUUAUAUAGGUUAAUAAUUGGAAGACCUUUUUUAAAACUAGAUUCUGUUUUAGGCAAGCCUUAUUGGACAUCUGGUUGUCAAUUUGAUAGUAUUAAGAUGUGCACAUGUAUAAGGAUAUUUGGAGUGUAUCUGUUUCUGUAUGAAACAGUAUUUUGCUAGGCUUCAAAUGGUUUGAGGAACACUGCACCAACAUUCUGUUCUGAUUCAAGCUGAUGGAUGCUGUGGCUUCAACUCGCAUUACAUAACCAUUGUUAUUAAAUUAACUUCAUGCAUCUAUAGUAUGGGAGUAUCAGGUGAGUUAAAAGUGGAAGUAGUUGAUGGAGUGAAGGACUUUUUAAUAGAGUCAAAACAGUUACCAGUUUUGUUUAGGAAUUUAGACCGAAAGUGGGAUAUUGGCACUGAUUAUAUUGCCCUAUCUGAUCCAAUGCAAGAUCAGAAAUACUAGAGCAGAGGAAUGGGUUGAAAGAUGAGUAUGAGACAGUUCUUAUUUUAUUAAUUUGUUCUUCAAUGGACACUAUUCUUUUUGAGUUCUUCCUCAUUUUGGUACUUCUAUAUAUUUUUCUGUACAAAUAUUUUAUGAAGAUCUCUGCCAGGAGAAGCUGCUUGCGGUUACAUAGGACUUUGUCUUGCACUUCAGUACCUUGAAACUUGUGCUGGACCUCUUUGUGAAUGUUUUGUUUUAGACGAACUGCUGUACCUAUAAACUGUAUAGCUUUAGCAUAUGUUCUUGUGCAUAUGUGCUUCUUUUAAGUUUGCUUGAACAGAUGAACUCCAGAAAAUAAUUUUCCUAUGGAAAGUGACAAUGGAAAGGUAGAAGGUAGGGCUGCAAUCUGAACCCUAGUUUUUGAAGAAUUAAGUUCAGCUGAAAUGAAGAGGUCUCGCUUUAUUAUUUUUUUAAAAAGGACUAAGCAUUGAAAGAAAAACUAACUUGUACUGACCUCAGCUUUUUAACCCACAAAAAAUGCUUCUCCCUUUGAUGGGUGAAAUUCUUUAUUAAUUCAGAGAUUUAUAAAAAUGGAAAUGUUAAAAUUAUGUGAGGCUUCUAUGCCUAGUCUUCCAUCAAGACUUUUACUACCAACCUGAUGUCAAAUUCUGGAAGUGUAGUUUACUGCUGGACAAAAUUGUUGCUUGCCAAUUUAGAGAACUAUCUGUUGAUGCUCAGUGCAACAGCUGUGGUUUUUUCUUUCCCUAAACUCUUAAAGGAAGAGGUGUCAUUAUUGGGUCAGAAGGUAUAAAUUAGGAUAGUUCAUGUUAUUUCACAUUGACAAAGGAAGAUUUACUUCUUGAAAGUGGGGAAGGAAUAUAUUUGAUUUCCACCUUUCUGAACUAUUCUGGCCUCCUUUAUUCUACAUUAGAUUGCAGACAGCAUUAACAUAGUAAGAGCCCAAUUUUUCUGAGCUCUUAAUAUGAGUCCCAGAAAAAAUGUGAAAGCUGUGCUUUCCCCAGAGUUUAGUCAACAAUUCAUGGCUUAGCAUGAUAAACAAGUUCCAUUUGUAUGUUAUGAGUGAGGUUUGAAACUGAGUUUCUAAGACCUGACCUCCUUCAACUCAAGUGAUGGCAUAAAUUAAUUAUAGAUCUAAAUACUUAAAGGAAUAAAUACAGUAAUAUUGGUAAGUAUGCAGUUGUUAAAGGAAUGGUGUCUGUUCAAUUCGAGAGAGCAGAGGAUCCAGUUUAAUUCAUUUUACAUUGCUUAAAAUGCAUCAUUUCUUACAGAAAGAGAAAUUGAGUAUAAGUUGAGUUUAAGGUGAUCUUCCAGAAUAGCAUUGUCAUAUGUAUGUGUAUGAUUAAUGAAUAUACAUUUCAUAUUACAUCAUUAUAUAGUACAUUACAUUGGCAAUAGUUUUUCUUGGUUUCCAAGACAUAUGUAGAAAAUUUGUAGCUUCUCCUCAGUUUCUAGUAACAUUUUGCUAUACUGUUCAGGGUUAGAUGCAUUGCUUCAGCAAAAUGUAGCAUUAUUAUGGCUGUAGAUUUUUCAUCCUUUAGUUUCUCCCAUUUAAAAAAAAUGCCAAAGUGAUUAGUAUAGUACAAACAUUUUUAAAGUUGUCCAGUGGUCACCAAGUUAGUCCAAGUCCAGUUUGAGAUCUAAUCCUAUUACCAUACAUUUUUCCUGUUUAAUAAUUCCUAUAUGCAUAGAUAGUUGAGCUGUUCAUCUUCUUGAUGUGCAUGUAAUUUAUGUGAGAAGGAAUAUGUAGAGAAAGGGCCAUGUUUUAAUUUACUGCAGCUAAUAUGUAUAUAUGCUAUUUGUGCAUAUGCUGUAAUGCCUUGUGCCAAAGAGAAGGUAAGAUAAUUUGAUGUUUCAUGUUUGUAUUUUCAGCAUGAUUUGGAAAAGUAAUCUCUUAAGCUAGAUAACAACAGAGGUAUGAGUAGAUGUAAAAGAAGAGAGAGAUGAAGUCUUGUAUUAAGGAAAUCUAACAUAAGUGUACAAUUUGAUAUCCUCCAGUAACAUAAUACCUUAAUAGAUGCUGUUCCUUGUGAAAAAGAUUAUCCUUUUCCUUAAGCCACUAAAGGAUUAAAGAUAAAAACCAUAAUAUUUAUGAAGACUAUUACAAGUUAUUGUAUAGUUAUGUUGAUGUUCCUUGAUGUGCAUAUUGAUGAAAACAGAAGCAGCUGUAAUAUGACUAUAUACAAUCAUUUUUGCUUGAUGGUUGUGGGCUGUCAGUUGCACAAGAGGGUAUAGCAGUUUUUAAGAAAUGUUAGGAAAUAUGAACUUGUUAAAAUGUUGAAAUGUACUAGGUUUUCCUUUUUAAUAAUAGGAAACUUCCUUGGAAGAGACAGCCCCCUAGUAUGGAAAAUCUAGUAGAAAAAGGCAAAUUCUCAUCGCCUCCUGAAGCUAAACAUUAACCAUGUGUAAGUUUAAAGCAGAUUUGAAGAAUCCUGAUAAAUUGGUACUUCCAGACUCAUAUAGGUAUUGGGCCACUGCCCUAGUCUAAAGCUUAACAAUCAACAGAAUUUAUUGGAGGAAGGGAAAUAAAUUGUUUUAAUAUAUCAAAAUGCAGAUUUUAAUUGGCCCAAUUCAUAGUACUUUGAACUGUGCACUAGUGUGAAGAGAUUAACACUACAUUUGCACCAAUGGUUGUACUUGCCUAUAAUGUAGUGUGUCUGUACAUCUGAUAAAUGAUUUGCAGAUUUGUAUUAUGACAAGCCAGUCUAAAAUGCACAAACGUUAAUACCAAGGAUGCAGUCCUAUGCAUCUUACUGGGAGCAAAUACUAGCAAGCACAGUGAUGCUUCCUUUUAAAUGUAAGAUUGCACUGUAAAUGCUUAUUUCCAUAGUACUUAGAAAUAAAUGGCAUUAGUAAGACACAGAUUUAGCCAUUGUAGACCCCAGGUUGCUGUUCUUUUAUAAAUUGCAGUUACCCUUUCACACUUAACUGCACAGUAGGUUCCCCAUUUUAGACGGAAGAGAAUGUUCCCUAGAACAAUUCCAGACUUCCCCUUGAACUCAAAAAACUUUCCAGAUAUCAGCAAUAAGUUGUUUCUGAUAGAUUCCCCCCAGCGUUGUGCACACUAGUCAAAUGCAGCAUUGUGACACUCUUCCAUUUAUGUGUGUAUAUAUGAUGUAUAUUUUAAUGCAUAUUUUCAGAGUUCUCCUUUCCCUAACAAAUUGCACUUUAAUAACUUAUUAGGGAUGUGGGGCUACAUCCGGAUAUUUUGUGGGAUAUAAACAGUUCAACAGUUUUUUUCUUAAUGGCUGUUACAGUCUUUAAUUGGUGACUUUUUUUGGAAAAGUGUGGGAGGAAAUAUGAAAUCAAAAUUUUUAAAAAACCAAAACAGGGCAUUAUUAUUGUCUACUGAACUUAGAAAACAUUUUAGUGCCAAGAACAUCCCAUUUAAGGGGGUUUGAGCUGUGUUCUUCCUUGUUGUUUGCACUGCUUGAUCUCUCAGAAUGACUGCCUGAAUUAAUUGCUUAUUCCUAUAACCUUGUUUUCUUUGGGAUAGAUAUGGCAAUGUAUUUGAUGGAUGGGAGAAAAAUAGACCAGGUGUGUUGCUUUGUUUUUCUGUGUGUUAUUUUGGGAGAGGGGUUGACUCCUCAUUAUUGGCAUGGUACCUGAGUUGAUAUUUUCCUGACCCCAGUGCCCAAGUUACCUUUGCACACAAAAGCUUCCUUUGCACAGAAUGAGCUUCUUGGGUUUUUUGUACAGACUGACUGAAUGUAUUGGAAAGGGAGGGGUUCAGGGAACAAAUUCCGAACAAAAAUUUAAAAAUAAAUUGCAGUUUUAAUGCCUUUUUGUGAGUGAGUGUUUGCUGCAAAACAGAGAUUGUAAUACAAACAAGGAGGACAGAGCGAGUUUUAAUUGAUGCAAUGUGUGGCUUUAUUUUUGUACUGAUGAUGGUUAAGAGACUGUACAACAUCUAUUUAUUUAGAUGAUUUAUGUAGUAAAUGUUGCAAACAAGGCUAUCAAAGAGCAUUAAAUGAGAACUGACAUUUAGCUAA